AUGGGGGUUGGUUGUGACCUGAAUGGGGCUCACUAUGAUAACGGACAGGCCUUCCAACCCAGCUCAUUCUACAAGUGCACUUGCAUUGCUGGAGCCAUCGGCUGCACUCCUGCCUUCAUCCAAAAGCCGGCUGGAAUGUUGAGUUCCGCUGCUCUCCAGGGCAGCUUGCCAGCAGGACUCAAGAGCAAUCAAAGCCCCAAACACCAGCAGGAUACCACCUACAGGACCAUGUCAGGUGAAUACUACCCUGGUGCUGAUAGCAGGCAGAAGCAGCGGGAAGCGACGGGCCUGGUGGAGAGGAGGCAGUUCUGUAGCUGGCCAUGUAAAUGUGGCGUCCGGCCGCUGUGUGCCCCUGGUGUCAGCUCCAUCUUGGAUGGCUGCGGCUGCUGCAAAACCUGUGCACGGCAGAUUGGGGAAUCAUGCAACGAGAGGGACGUCUGUGACCCUCACAAAAGCAUGUACUGUGACUUUUCCAAAGACCAGCCACGUUAUGAAGUUGGCGUCUGUGCUUACAUGAUGGGGGUUGGUUGUGACCUGAAUGGGGCUCACUAUGAUAACGGACAGGCCUUCCAGCCCAGCCCACUCUACAAGUGCACUUGCAUUGCUGGAGCCAUCGGCUGCACUCCUGCCUUCAUCCAAAAGCCGGCUGGAAUGUUGAGUUCCGCUGCUCUCCAGGGCAGCUUGCCAGCAGGACUCAAGAGCAAUCAAAGCCCCAAACACCAGCAGGAUACCACCUACAGGACCAUGUCAGGUGAAUACUACUCUGUGUGA